CAACAUUUUACCAUAAAUCGCAGCUUGUUUCACAAUCGAAGCGAAAGGGAGGAAGAAGAUGAAGCUAAAAUGGGAAUCAAUCUCUACUCUCCACCAAAACGUCUUCCUCGCCAAGGUCCUCGCUGCCAUUUUCAUAACCGGCCUCGCUUUCCGCUUCUACGCCGUCCGCUUCGGCCAAGUGUCGGUGAACGGAAUCUCCGAUCCUCAGAUCUCUCCGCCGUCGUCGGUUAUCAUAUCGGAGAACGAGGAUCUUUUCCCCAUCGAUAUUGAGGUGGAGAAGUGUGAUCUGUUCACGGGGAAAUGGAUCAGAGACCCUUUGGGACCAAUCUAUACGAAUGGCUCGUGUGGUGUGGUCGUGGAUAGUCACCAGAAUUGCAUAACCAAUGGCCGUCCUGACUCUGGUUUUCUCUACUGGAAAUGGAAGCCUAACGACUGCUCCUUGCCUCGCUUCGACCCUCUUAGGUUUCUCCACCUUAUGUCCAACAAGUCUUGGGCUUUCAUUGGUGACUCCAUUUCCCGUAACCAUGUCGAGUCUUUGCUUUGCAUCCUCUCCACUGUUGAGAGACCUGUUGAAGUGUACCACGACGAGGAAUACAGAUCAAAGCGUUGGGUUUUUCCUUCUUACAACAUGACAGUCUCCAACAUUUGGUCACCGUUUCUCGUUCAAGCCGCCAUUUUCGAGGACUCAAGGGGUGUCUCAUCAGCUGCAGUCCAGCUUCACCUCGACAGACUCGACAAUACAUGGACUGAUCUGUUUCCGGGCGUCGACUAUGCCAUCAUCUCUUCCGGAGAAUGGUUCUUGAAAACCGCUAUCUACCACGAGAAUGCUACUCCUGUUGGCUGCCAUGGCUGCCCGCAAAGUUCCAACAUAACGGACUUGGGAUUCGACUAUGCUUACAACACGUCCCUGCGCCAUGUCAUGGACUUUGUCGCGAGUUCCAACACUAAAGGCACGAUCUUUUUCCGGACUUCGAUACCUGACCACUUCGAGAACGGUGAAUGGCAUAACGGAGGGACCUGUAAGAAAACAGAGCCCGUGAACGAGGACGAGGUCGAGAUGAAGGUUUUGAACAAGAUAUUGAGAGAUGUAGAGAUUAGUCAGUACCAGAGGGUGGUUACGGAGAUGGGUGAGGAGGCUGGGCGUUUCAAGCUUCUGGAUUUUGCCGGAAUGUUGCUGACCCGACCCGAUGGGCAUCCGGGUCCGUAUCGAGAGUUCAGGCCGUUUGAUAAGGACAAGAACGCAAAGGUACAGAACGAUUGUCUGCAUUGGUGCCUGCCUGGUCCGAUUGAUCACUUAAACGAUGUUAUAUUGGAGAUCAUACUGAAUAGCUGAACCGGGAAAUAACCGGUUUAAUUGUGUUUUAGUCAAUGGCUGAACCAAAAACACCGGUUUGGUCUCAGUCUUGUAAAUUGAUAAAAGUAUAAGAGGUUGGAUCAUAGAGCUCAAUGAAGAAUUUAAAACCCGGUAUAGUUCAGGGAUCAACUCUUGUAAAGUGAGACUGUUCGUGGUUUUCUUGUUAUAUAUCAAAAGUAA